AUGUCAGACAACCCAACAGCCCCUGAAGUUCAGGUCGACGAAGAUACCACCUCCGACUCGGAAUCUGUCUUCACCGCCGACUCUGUAGGAGCGACUACCUCUAUUGCUAGCAGUGUGCUCAAAUACAAAUGGAAGCAUGGUCGGCGAUACCACAGUGAUCGCGCAGGACAGUACAGUUUCCCCAAUGAUGACCAGGAACAAGAUCGUCUCGAUAUGAUCCACCACGUUUUCUGUCGGACGAUAAAGGACCGCCUAUUCUUGGCCCCCAUUCAGCCAGAAGGUUUAAAUGUUCUCGAUAUCGGAACAGGAACGGGGAUCUGGGCAAUUCAAUUUGGAGACGAGCAUCCUUCUGCGACAGUGGUCGGAAAUGACCUUAGUCCCAUCCAGCCAGACUGGGUGCCCCCAAACGUCAAAUUCAUCGUUGACGACGUUGAAGCGGAAUGGGUUGAGCCAACCCCAUAUGAUUAUAUCCACUGUCGAUACAUGGCUGGGUCUAUCAAAGACUGGCCUAGACUACUGCGACAAGCAUACGCCAACUUGAGACCGGGUGGUUGGAUCGAACUUCAAGAAACAGCCAAUACGCUCUAUUCCGAGGAUGACUCGCUCAAACCUGACAACGCAUUAGUUCAGAUGAUGGACCAUCUCAAAUUAGCCUGUGAUAAGAUUGGAAGGACCAUGGAUCCUGCGCCGUCUUUUCAGCAGUGGGCUAAGGAGGCUGGUUUCGCUAGUGUUAAAGAGGAGCGAUUCAAGCUUCCAAUCGGACCGUGGCCUAAGGACGAACGGCUUAAAGAAAUUGGAACUUUGAUGGGAGUCAAUAUGAGAGAAGGUGUGGCUGCUUUUACGGCAGUUUUGUUUACUGAUGUUUUGGGAUGGUCACGCGAAGAGGUUGAGCUUUUCAAUGCUCGAGUUAGAGAAGCAUCACGCGAUAGAUCUGUGCACUCGAUGUUUGAUUGCUUGAUAGUCACCGGUCAGAAGCCGAAGGAAUAA